AUGGGGAACACAAACCAGCGUCUCAUGCGCUGGUCCCUCAUUGUGUUGCCUCUGACUCUCCAGUAUCCCCCAUCCAAAUCCAUACCAGGUUUUCCACCUUCACAAAGAUGUGCAGUUGAUGCAUAUGAUAAAGUGCAGUGUGGGCAACAUAACAUUAGUGCAGCUGACUGUGAGUCCAUAAACUGCUGCUUUGAUGGGCACCUUUGCUACUAUGGAAAAGCAGUGACUGUCCAGUGUAUCAGAGAUGGCCAGUUUGUAGUGGUUGUGGCUAGAGCUACCACUCUGCCUCAACUAAGCUUGGAUUCAGUCUACCUACUGGGUCGAAAUGAAGCAUCAUGCAGCCCUGUUGAAACUACUGCUGCCUUUAUCAUUUAUCAAUUCCCUGUCACAGCUUGUGGAACAAGGAUGACUGUGGAAGAUGGCUAUUUGGUCUAUGAAAAUGCAAUAACCUCAACUUAUGAGGUGGGGAUAGGACCCCUUGGAGCCAUCACAAGGGACAGCCAAUUUGAGUACUCUAGAACUGCAGCUGAAGCAUUGGUUGUGCAGAUCAGUGAUGUUCCUCAGCCUCAACCAGUGGUUGUUCCUGGACCUCUAAGAGUGGAGCUUAGACUAGCCAAUGGAAACUGUUCCUUCAAAGGAUGUGUAAACGGAGAUGUGCCAUACUCUUCAUACUAUGAAGAGGCUGACUACCCAGUCACAAAAGCUCUGCAGGAGCCUGUUUAUGUAGAGCUGCGCAUUUUGGAGAGGACUGACCCUAAUAUUGUUUUGACCCUGAGACACUGCUGGGCAACGUCCACUUCUGACCCACUCAGCCUACCCCAGUGGGAUCUUGUGGUUAAUGGGUGCCCCUACUGGGAUGACCGUUACCUGACCACAUUGAUUCCAGUGAAUGCAUCUUCUGGCCUUCUAUUCCCCACCCAUUACAAGCGCUUUGUUUUAAAGAUGUUUACCUUUGUGGAUCCUGCAUCAAUGGUCCCUCUGAUGGAAAGGGUCUUCAUUCAUUGUAACACUGCAGUGUGCCAUCCAACAGCAAUGGAGUCCUGUGAAAAAAGUUGCACCCGACAAAGGAGAGGGGUUGCAAUUCUGGAGAAAACUAAUCUAGAUACUGUGGCUUCCAGUGGUGAAGUGAUUUUAUUGGUGUAA